CCUACUGUCCUCAGCUAGGGUUGGGGUGAAGUGUGUUCAUUCCCUGCUGUUACAGGGGAGGUAUAAAAACCAGGGUGGGGCAGGUUGCUCCUAUUCCUCCUGUUGAAACCAGGCCAGGAUACCAUAUGGCAGGAUUGAAGCUUCAUGGCACUACUGGGAAGAGGAGCAUAUGUGCCUGAGAGCUGGCAGGAUCGAGCUCAUGAUUAAAGCACUCAUGAGGAAAAAGGUUUCCAGAGCUUGUGCCAAGCACUGGUUCUGUAUAUUACUGGAAGCAGGAUUUGAGGUUCCCUCUUCUUUCUGGUGUUGCCUGUUGACAAACAGGCAGCACCUCCCUUGCUGUGAUGAGCUCUCAUCGCUGUCCCAAACAAGGCUGUAGGUGUAGUAUGAUGCUCAGUAGCAUAGGAUUUGUCACAUGGGGAUGGCACCUGUCAAGUUUUCCCUAGAAUUGGGGUUGCAGGGAGGGCACCUCUGGCUGCUGCUGGCCUCCUUGGCUGUGGAGGCUGAUUCAGCUACAGGCCAGGCUGUGCAGGUAUGGUGGAACCGUUCACCUGGCAGUGAAAUCCAGGUGGUAAAUGGGUUGGGGCUUUUGGCCAAAAGCAGUGCUGGGAGGUAGGACACGAAGGGAAGUGAGAAUGCUGUUCACUUUACGAAGAAGGUCAGGGCCCUGGCUUCAAUACCCCUCUGCAACCCUCAUCUUUGAAGCAAAGUCAGUAAAAUAAAAGUCUCGGGUGUCUCAUUGCCUGAGUUCCUAGAAGUUCAUCUCUUCUGUGCUGGACGAUGCUUACACCCUGUUCUUAGGUUUAAUGAGCAGUUUGAAUUCUUCCUUUGCCCUUAUUGUGCUGAGGUACCACCUUUGCUGAGAGAGAGGAAGGUGCCUUUUGAUUUUAAGCACCUUUAAGAGUAGUUGCUGAGCUGGUGUUACCUAUUACAUCACACCAAGAGAAUCACUUCCAUGUUCACUUCCCACUGCUGUAGUUCGAGCUCAGGAGUCUGCUUGUUCCUCUGCACACACCAGCACCACAAUGUCACAGCACACAUUAUCCCACCAAGUUACAGGUCACUUAACUUGGACUGUAAGGUUUUGGAAUGGUGACCUUGUACUUGCCUGGCUGCUGUGGACAUGUUCACUGUUGCAGAAAUAACAGAAUGGAUUUUUGUGUUUGGAGUUUCCACAUUCAGGUUGCUGCUCUGGCUCCUGUUGUGCAGAACUGCUCAAACCAUGUUGUGAUGAUUUCAGCACGCUGAGGACAAAGAACCUGUGCAGAUCAGCAGUCAUCUUAAGCUGAAGUCUUCCCCCAGGAGCCUCCUUUCAGCCAAGAACUCUCAAUCCACCUAUACUAGGACUGAAAGUGUUUGAUUUACAGUCCAGACCUUCUUUCACCCAAUCUUUCCUGGGCCCUCAAAAAAAGACCAAAGCUCUUUUUUCCUGCCUGACACAUGACUGACUUUAAAAACCGUCAGAUCUGUGCAGCUGGGCCAUAGCACAUCCAGAGCAGGUUAAGCUGUGUCUUAUGCCCCAAUAAAGAGCUGGAUACCCCAUGAUCCCAGGGAUGAUGAGAUUUAGACAGUACUCUGGCUUUGUUUGCAGCUUGGCAGGUGGGUGGCUGAACUUGGCCUGCGUCCUGCUGUAACAGAUGUAAGCUGCUCAGGGCUUUGCCUGUAGACCUUUGGCUCCAGCUGCAUCACACCUGCCUUGUCUCUUUCAACAUCAUCCCUCUGAUUCAGGUCGAGCCACAAGCAGCCUAAGCUCUUGCUUAUUCCUUUGGAAAAGCCCUAUGUUGGUCAUGUUCAUCCCUGGCAUGGCAGGGGCUGUACAGAAGGAUGUUUGGGGGGUAGGGCUCGUGGCUGCACCCGGCUGCUGACGGCAUCCCUGAUGUAGCAGAAAACACCGUGCACUUAUCUCCAGUUGCAGCACUUAGCUAUGGCUUGUACCUACCUAAAAAUAGUGUGUUCCAUGGGAAACAGCACCAGCCGGCUCUACAGCGUGCUUGCCAAGACGCUGAGCAGCGGUGCCGUGUCCCAGCACCAGGACUGCCUGGAGCAGCUAGACCCAGCACGGCUGGAUCCUAUAGACCCCAAGGAUUUGCUGGAGGAAUGUCAGAUUGUCCUACAGAAACGGCCGCCCCGGUUCCAGAGGAACUUUGUGAACCUGAAGAAAAACGCUGCCAGCAACCACCGCCCCAUCCGGGUCAUGCAGUGGAACAUCCUUGCCCAAGCUCUCGGGGAAGGCAAAGACAACUUCAUUCAGUGCCCCAUGGAAGCUCUGAAAUGGGAGGAGAGGAAGUGCCUCAUCCUGGAGGAAAUCCUGGCGUAUAAGCCCGACAUCUUGUGCCUGCAGGAAGUCGACCACUACUUUGACACGUUUGAGCCGCUCCUCAGCCGGCUGGGCUACCAGUGCACCUUCUUCCCGAAGCCGUGGUCGCCGUGCCUGGAUGUGGAGCGGAACAACGGGCCGGAUGGCUGCGCCUUGUUCUUCCUCAAGGACCGCUUCGAGCUCAUCAACAGCGCCAACAUCCGCCUGACGGCCAUGAAGCUGAAGACCAACCAGGUGGCCAUAGCGCAGACGCUGAAGUGCCACGAGACGGGGCGGCUCUUCUGCAUCGCCGUCACCCACCUCAAGGCCCGCACCGGCUGGGAGAGGUUUCGGUCCGCGCAGGGCUGUGACCUCCUCCAGAACCUGAAGAACAUCACCCAAGGGGCAAAGAUCCCCCUGAUCGUCUGCGGGGACUUCAACGCGGAGCCGACCGAGGAGGUCUACAGGGAAUUCUCCAACUCCAGCCUCAAUCUGAACAGCGCGUACAAGCUGCUGAGCCCCGACGGGCAGUCGGAGCCCCCGUACACCACCUGGAAGAUCCGGCCCUCAGGAGAGUGCCGGCACACGCUGGAUUAUAUCUGGUAUUCCCAGCACGCCUUGAAUGUGAACUCAGCCCUGGGCUUGCUGACUGAAGAGCAAAUUGGGCCCAACAGGCUGCCAUCGUUCAAUUACCCCUCGGAUCACCUGUCCCUGGUGUGUGACUUUAGUUUUAAUCAAGACCCUGACAGGCUGCUGUAAUGUGUUGGGAUGCCACUAGGUAUUGCAGUGACUGAACUCACCACUGUUUUAUUUUAGAGAAGACUUUUGAAGCUGGAAGCUAUUGGAAGAUGAGGAAACACUGUUGUUGACUAAACAUUAUUUCGGGCACUUGUUUGGUGUUAUGCAUGUCCUUCAGCCCUCAUUAAUGUGGAGCCUUUGAGGGAGGAAGAAAGAAGCCAGUGUUCUCAUCGUGGUCUUCUUGCCAUGUCAGGGUUUGAAAACCAGAAGGCAAAUGAGCUUUAUCCUUUCACUAAGCCCCCUGUUUAAGGAUUUAAUCCUCUAAUGAAUGUGGAGGCCUUAGUACUUAAAUCACUUGUGUUUGUAAAACAACUUGCCCUGACAGCAUGCUAAUUUUAUUUAUUUCGUGUUAAGCUUUUUUAAGUACCAAAGGGAACGAGGUUCCAACUGCCCAGUGAGAUUCUCUUAAAUCUUUUUCUGUUGCAAUACGAAGGAAGUUUAAUGCAGAUUAGACAAGAAGAAAUCUAAGCUCAUACUGGUGUGGUCUUCUCUUUUUCACGUGACCUGAAGUGAUGAAUUCAUUUGGAAGUGAACGGGUAGUGGUGCAGUGUGAGGAAGGGCCCCUCCAGUAAGAGCAGGUGAGGAAAUAGAGGCUAACUAUAACCUGGAGUAAUACCCUCACUUUUCCAGAACAAUGUGCAUGUGUCUGUUACACACAUACAGCCUGUAGGUAAGUGCACUGGAACCUUUGUCUCUUCUGUGCUUCCCUCUGGAGGGCACAGCUAACCAGGGAGUAUUUCUUCCUCUGCUUCAAGUAUUACUUUUCUAAAUGGUUUAAAUUUGUAGUCUUGUCAAUCUUGUUUCAGUAAAGGGCCAAUCUUAAUGUUGAAAGAUUUUAUUUAUCUUCAGAAAUCUAAAGCUACACUGGAACCUGGUACAAGAUAAAAUUUAUUUAUUGACAAAAGUUGGUUUGAAAUCAUGCAGUGGCCCAGGGGAACUCUGGUCAAGCACCUGGGCUACAACAGAGCUGUGUUAGUAUAGUAAGUCAUGUGAUGCUCAUUGGUAUGACAUAGGAAUUGCAUAUAUGGAUUGUAAAUAUGCCACUAUGCCAGAAAAUGCCAUAGGGAGAGAGAAGGGAACAGAGACAGCAGUUGGGGUUGGGCUGACAUUUAGAUAGUCGAGAAAGAUGAGUCAGGGCAAAUAAAGCAGUACUUCCAUGUAAAGUAGGGUACAUAGUAACUCUUAAAUGUUUCAUGUGUUUAUUAAUAAAAGUCUUUGGAAAAAAAG